GGGGCACUAUAUAAGGACUCCUUUAUGUUCCUGGGGCAUAGUACUACUUGUUUAAGCAAAAUGAAGUCACUUUUUGUAUUAGCCGUCUGUGUUUUGGCCGUUCAGGCCCUAACUGAAGAGCAGAAGGAGAAGCUCAAGAAGCACAGGGGUGAAUGUCUUGCUGAAUCUGACGCUGACGAGCAGCUUGUGAACAAACUGAAGACUGGAGAUUUCAAGACGGAAAACGAACCCCUCAAGAAAUAUUCCCUAUGUAUGUUGAUCAAAUCUGAGCUCAUGACCAAGGACGGCAAGUUCAAGAAGGAUGUCGCCCUCGCCAAGGUCCCUAACGCAGCCGACAAACCAGCAGUAGAAAAACUUAUUGACACCUGUCUGGCCAACAAAGGUAACACUCCCCAACAAACCGCCUGGAACUACGCUCAAUGCUACCACGAGAAGGACGCCAAGCACUCCAUCUUCUUCAAUGAAGUUGACAUCAGUCUUGUGUUUGUGUUCGGUGGAUGUGGUCAUUGCAGCUCGAGUUUCAACAAAAUGGAGGUUCCAUCGGGUGUAGUUUUGCUUCUCUUCGUUGCUUGUGUUCGGGCUUCGACAGAUAUCGCAGAACCUAUGGCUAGCAUGCUUCCGGAUAACUGUAAUCCUAAAGUACAAAAGAAAGUAGAUUAUAUAGAAGAAUGUAGUAAGGAGUCCAGAGUAAAUAAAGUCCACAUAGAGAAAAUGAAAUCUGGGUAUUGGAGUUUGCCGCACCGUUCAACAUCGCUGAAAUACUGGGCGUUCUGUUACUUGAAGAAACUAAACAUGAUGACUGAGGCUGGAGUUCUCAGACAGGACGUAGUAUUGAAGAACUUCAAUAGCAAAGAGAGACAUCUAAUAACAAAUAUUAUUGAUAAAUGUCUGUACACGACAGCUCACCUACCAAUGGACACGGCCUGGCACUACCUCAGUUGUUUUCAUAAAAAUAAUUACAAGCUAUGUAAACGUGUACAUGGAAUUUGAAUAAUUUUUAAAAAUAAUUGUAUUGUGAUAACGAUGAAUUUAGAUGCGAUUUACUAAUUUAAAAAAAAUGUAUUUAGUUCGAGAUUUGUUUUGGCUUUUCUAUGUACUUAAUUUAUUUUAACCAAGUUGUUAUUAUGAUGUUCCCUUUACUUUAAGAAUUAAAUAAUUUUAAAUGCCAA